AUGGACGCCAGCAAGAUGAUGCACAACCUCUCCUCCGCAACCCCGCGACCCCGUCCCGUCCUCUCCCCCCUCCCCGGCCUCCACCCUCCGCCAGGCCCACCACGCUCCCCCACUCCACCACCACCCUCUCCUCCACCCACCACCGACGGGGACACCCCCACCUACGAGUACAUCCUCCACCUCACCCCGUCCCUCACCACCGCACAAGAAAACGCCGCCAUCGCGAACAUGAGGAACGUGCUCGCGCAAGCCGGGGUGGAAAACGUGCUCGUCGAAGCGGAGGAGAAUGACGACGAUGGGAAAUUCUGGGUCGUGACGACGAGGGUGGAAAUUUUGGAGAGGGAGAUGAGGAGGGUGAGGGCUUUGAGCGGGGUGGAGGGAUUUGAGGUUAGUGAUGGGUUGGAGGAUAUUGUGUGA